UAUAUAUACAGGAGGAUCUCCAGCCUCUCAUCAUUCAGAGUCUCUUCUCGUUUCCACAGCCUCAGAUCUGAGAGAGAAUCCGACUGCAACAUGCCAUCCCAGUCAGCCCUCGUCCACACCUUUAACGGGAUUCCCUUUUCUACACGCUCAUCAAAAGAGCUUUUACACACCUUGGACUCCUUUGAAGCCAGAGAGGAUGAUGUGCUGUUGGUGUCCUACCCAAAGUCAGGGACUCACUGGCUGGCAGAGAUCCUGAAAAACCUGUACCGCACUCAACAAGGUGCAAAUGGCUGUGGAACAGUGACACUGACCUCUCCCAUUGAGUUUGGAGAUCCUUCCAAAUACGAGGACCUGAGAAAUCUUCCUUCCCCGAGACUGAUCCCCACACACCUGAACUACAAGAUGUUGCCAGUGCAGCUCAAAACCAAGAAAUGCAAGAUGAUCUACAUCAUCAGAAACCCUAAAGACACUGCUGUUUCCUUGUAUCACUACUACAAAGAUAAUCCCAACCUGCCAACCGUUGACAAAUGGACCACUUUUUUAGAAAUGUUCCUGAGAGGAGAAGUUGUUUGUGGCUCGUGGUGCGAUCAUAUUGUCAGUUGGGAAGAGCACAAAAAUGAUGACAAUGUUCUCAUUCUAUAUUACGAGGACAUGAAAAAGGAUCCGACCGAGUGCGUUGAGCAGAUCAGCACCUUCCUGGGUGUCAACCUGACUUCUGAGCAAAUUGGCGACAUCACCAGGAAAUCGUCCUUUAAUGAGAUGAAGGAACAGGCGCAGAAGGAAAAAGUCGAUGCCAAUAACACUGUGUGUGCUCUGACAUCCAACAAGAGGCUGAUAUUCCGAAAAGGUACUGUUGGAGAUUGGAAGAACCAUUUCAGCACAAGACAGAAUAAGCUAUUUGAUGAGCGGUUUGGAGAGAGAAUGAAUUCCAGUGAACUGGCAAAGUCUAUUAUAUACGAGAGUUAACAUUGAAGGAUGUUUUUUGAAGUAGAAAAUCUCGUGCUUAGGAUUCAAACAAUAUUUGUAUUUGUAAUAAUUUAUUGCAGGAAUUUCUUACUUAAACUGCAGCAUAAGGUUCAUGAGGCAAUGAGCUUAGUGUACUCAGUGCUGCGUGUAAUAUUUAUGAUGUGUUGAAUUGUAUUCUUUAUAUAUAAAACUUAUUACCCACAUAACCCAAGGAUUAGAUCAAUGAAUAUUUUUGAUUGUUGUUAAUUUAUCUGAAUAUUUAUUUUUAUUAUUGAACAGCUUUGUGGUUUGUUUCUUCUCACUGCACUUCAAUAAAAAAGUGAAACCAA